UUGCAAGCAAACCUUCCACCCUUCUCCUCCUUCUCCAAAAAUCCAAACAGCAUCCUUAGUGGCCCCCUCGUAGCUUCGCGAUCGUCAGCACCUUGUUCGUAGCUUAGCUGUCAAGCGCCUCAUCCGCUCGUACAUUCUGCACUCUUGACAGCCUGCAGCAAGCCAGUCAUCGUGCCGUUGCAUCUGCUUCUGCCGCCGCCGCCGCCACCACCCGAAGCUCACUACCGGAUCACACGAACCGGCUCCUCCUAGUAACCGCGGCCCAAGAAGCUCCCCCGCCGCCGCCAUCCCGACCGAAAAGCCGAAAACAAUCCUUCAAAUCUUAAAUCCUCCCGCGCGCCGUCGCCUCACAAACCGCCCAUCAUGAACGCAGCACGCUUCCUCCGCCGUCCCGCAACCUUUGCCCUCCGGCCCUCCUUCAUCGUCCCCCAGUCUUCCGCCUCCUUCUCCUCCUCCGCCUCCUUCAACUUUGCCCGCACAAUGGCCGCCGCCGCCAAGAUCAAGGUCAAGAACCCUGUCGUCGAGCUCGACGGCGACGAGAUGACCCGCAUCAUCUGGCAGACCAUCAAGGACAAGUUCAUUCACCCCUACCUCGACAUCGACCUCAAGUACUACGAUCUCGGCCUGCCUUACCGUGACGAGACCAACGACAAGGUCACCCUCGACGCCGCCGAGGCCAUCAAGAAGUACUCGGUCGGUGUCAAGUGCGCCACCAUCACUCCCGAUGAGCAGCGCGUGGAGGAGUUCAAGCUUAAGCAGAUGUGGCUCUCCCCCAACGGCACCAUCCGUAACCACCUCGGCGGUACCGUCUUCCGCGAGCCCAUCGUCAUCCCCCGCGUUCCCCGCCUGGUGCCCGGCUGGAAGAAGCCCAUCAUUAUCGGCCGCCACGCCUUCGGCGACCAGUACCGCGCCAAGGAUGCCGUUCUCCCCGGCAACGGCACCCUCAAGAUGGUCUACACCCCCGAGGGCGGCGAGCCCCAGGAGAUCGAGGUCUACAAGUUCAAGAACGGUGGCGGCGUCGCUCAGACCCAGUACAACACGGACGAGUCCAUCACCGGCUUCGCCCACGCUUCCUUCAAGCUCGCCCUCGCCAAGAAGCUGCCCCUGUACAUGAGCACCAAGAACACCAUCCUCAAGAAGUAUGACGGCCGCUUCAAGGACAUCUUCCAGGAGCUCUACGAGACCAAGUACAAGGCCGAGUUCGAGGCCGCUGGCAUCUGGUACGAGCACCGUCUCAUUGACGACAUGGUUGCCCAGAUGGUCAAGUCCUCCGGCGGCUACAUUAUGGCCCUCAAGAACUACGACGGCGACGUCCAGUCCGACAUCGUCGCCCAGGGCUUCGGCUCCCUCGGUCUCAUGACCUCGGUCCUCAUCACCCCCGACGGCAAGACCUUCGAGUCCGAGGCCGCCCACGGCACCGUCACCCGCCACUACCGCGAGCACCAGAAGGGCAACGAGACCUCUACCAACCCCAUCGCCUCCAUCUUCGCCUGGACCCGCGGUCUCAUCCAGCGCGGCAAGCUCGACGAGACCCCCGAGGUCAUCGCCUUUGCCGAGUCCCUCGAGAAGGCCUGCAUUGACACCGUCGAUGUUGACGGCAUCAUGACCAAGGACCUGGCCCUCGCCUGCGGCAAGACUGCCCGCUCUGACUACGUCACCACCAACGAGUACCUCAACGCCGUCGAGCGCCGCAUGAAGAACAUCCUCAAGGAGAAGUUGUAAAUCAAAAACAAAGAAAGAAAUGCGGGCCCGCCGUUG